AUGAGUCAUUGUGUUGCAUUAUUGUCUGGUGGAAAAGAUAGUGUUUAUACUAUUGUUUAUUUACAAAAACACGGAAUAUCAAUUGAUUGUUUACUUCAUUUAGAACCAUCAAAACCAAAAGAAUGUGAAAAUAAUAGUUAUAUGUUUCAAACAGCUCUUCAUGAAGCAAUUCCUUAUUUAGCAGAAGCAAUGAAUAUCCCAUUAAUAAAUUAUCAAUUUGAAUCAAAUUCAUCAAUUUGUAUUGAUUCUAAUUACACUCCAACUCAAAAUGAUGAAAUUGAAAAUUUAUAUUUUGGUGUUAAAGAAGUUUUAAAUAAAUUUCCUGAAAUUGAUUCUAUUUGUUGUGGAGCCAUUGCUUCUACUUAUCAAUCAAAUCGUUUAAAAAAUGUUGCAAAUCGUUGUGGUUUAAAAGUACUUGUUCCUUUAUGGCAAAAAGAUCAAAAAGAUGUUCUUGAUGAAAUUAUUGAAAGUAAUUUAGAUGUUCGUUUGGUUAAAGUUUGUUCAAUGGGUCUUAAUAAAAAUGAUAUUGGAAAAUCGCUCACUCAAAUGAAAGAAAAAUUACUUCGGCUAAAUAAACUUUGUGGUGCAAGUGUUGUUGGAGAAGGUGGUGAAUUUGAAUCUUUUGUUUUUGAUGGACCUUCUUUUAAGAAAAGAAUUGAAGUUGAUUUUGAUGUUAUUACAGAGUUAGAAGAUGAUUAUGCACCAAUUUGUUAUAUGAAUAUCAAGUCAAUUCGCUGUGUUGAUAAGAAUUAG